AUGGCGGAAAAUUUUUGCCUUUUCAUUUGGAUAAAUGAUAAUCCCAUAAGUGGGAGUGUGCUAAGAAUUCGGAAUAUAGUGCAUCCAAGAAGGGACUUUAAUGCCUAUACCGAAGGAGAGACGGUUACCGUCAAAUGCCCUGGAAUUGGAAAGCAUGAUGCCUUAAUCGGGAAAAUUGGAGGAAAUGAAGACAAGAAGACGAUUGAAGCUGUCCUGGCCGAUUCUGGUCGAUUUCAAGAACUGCUUUUGAAGUUCAAAAAUGAUGUAUUGCCAGACGGCGGAAAUAACAUAGUGGUGUCAGACAAGGUGAAGACUGUUGUUGUCAAGCCAAAAACAGUUAAGAGGAAAGUGUGCUUUUCGGACAAGCAAACAGCUGCAGUUGAAGAGGAUAAAUUGGAAACGAUUGCUGAGGAGCUAGCUCUUGCUGAUCUUUCACAGUCUGUACAGAAGAGUGAUGAAACUGGGCCGCUGGUAAGAUCCAGUCUACAGCUGCUAGGGGGGGAAGACAGUGCCUUCGAGAUUAGGAGAUCCCCAAGGAGGACGCAUUCAACCCCCUGUAGUGAAUCGUGUGUUUCUCGGCAAGAGUUUAUCCAACUUCAAAGUCAAUGUGCUACUGUCGAGUUUUGGUGUCGACAGAUGUGGAGUGACAUCCAGGCCAUGAAGGCAGAACGUCAAGAAAGUUUCCAAAAUCAACAUGAUUUUCAGCAGAAUUUCAUACAUGAUAACCUGAUGGAGGAUUCACACAUGUCAGCCUCGGAGGAAGCCCAGCCCCUGACAUCUGAGUGUUCAAAGCCUACUCUUUCAACUCCGUCUACACCUACUACACCUACUACACCUACAUCUUCCAUAUCGAUGACGGGGUCUUAUGCAGGGUAUUCAAAGGUGCAAAUUCUGGAGGAAGCAAAGCGGCAAAAAAAUUACAAGAAGGCGACCGCAAGAGUGUUCCGCCUUCUUUUCACCAAACAGGAAAUCAAUGGGAGGAGCCUCUUCGGAAAGAAGAACACAUCAGGGGAUGUGAGGCCUGCACUGGCUGAUCAGUCAAAACUGGCUUUUUUGGAAGACUGCAUUGUAGAAGUAUGGGGAAUCCGCAAGGAGAUGGUUCGAGUUGUCCUGAGGCAUCUCCUGAAGCCGUCAAGAAUAUCUUAA